AUGUCCGUCCUUAGAACCCUCCGACCUCUAGCUCAAACAGCUACUCGAGCCUAUCUACCACGAACCACCGUCCUAAACAACACACGUCGAUUCCUCAACACCGACACCGCUCCAGUCCUAUACUCCGCCCAUGCCACUGUUAAAGGCGCCCGAACAGGCCACGUCGACGGCGACGACCUAAAAGUCGACCUCACCAUGGCCAAGGCCCUCGGUGGCCCCGGCGACAAAGGCAAGACAAACCCUGAAGAGCUCUUUGCCGCUGGGUACGGCGCGUGCUUCCAGAGUGCUAUGAACGCGAGUGCUGCGAGCUUGAAGGUACGGAUGCCGGAUAACCCGGAGGAUAGUGUGGUGAAGACUACGGUGCAUCUGGUUGGGGAUAUGAAGAAGCUUGAUAUGGGGUUGAGGGUGGAUAUGAAGGUGAGUGUGAAGGGGUUGAAUGAGAAGGAUCUGGCAAAGGUGAUUGAGAGGGCGAAGGAGGGCAACGAAGGGGAAUAUUACUACGAAUAUUGA